GUUGACCACCCCGGUCUCUCCUACGAGCACUUUUCCGCUUUGAGGAGCACCCACGAGGCCGAACAGGAGGCUAUGUUCGAGCACGCCUUCGAGGGCGUGCACGACUGCGAUUGUGGCCCGGAGGCCACCGCCGAAAGCCUCGCGUGCCAGGAGUGCGCACAAGAUUGCGACAGCUCUGUCUGCGAGGUCGAGCUCACGGAAGAGUGCACCGAGCAGUGUGUCGUCGUCGCCUGCAACGAUGCCCAUCACGGCGCCGCACCCUGCGAAGAGAUGCCGGACGCUUCAUGCAGCAAAGAAUGCUUCGAGGUCGACUGCGCCGCCUUCGAUGAACUUUUCCGGUGCUGCAGUGAGUAUCACCAAGACUCACAGCAGGACUUCAGGUCCUACCCUCCAGAUUUCAAUGCCGCGUACGCCUUCAUUGCCGAUCCCGCCUUCGAUGCCUACUUCGCUGGUAGCUCGCAGGCCCCACAACCCCCGCAACGCGAGCCCGUCGCGUUCCCACCGCUAGAUUCCGCCGCGCCCACGCCGCAGCUGGUCCCCAGCCCCGCGUUCCAUCCUUCCCCAUCUCCUUUCGCUCAACAGGAUUCAACUUCGAGCACAUCCUCACCCCACGUCUCGGACCUUCCGUCGCCGGCGCUACAGACCUCCACGAGCCAUGUGUCAUUGCUGCAAUGCAAAUGGGGCGGCUGCUUCGCGACAUUUAACAACAUGUCGGAUCUCGUGGGGCAUGUCAACCUGCAGCAUCUCCGUCUACCAGGUCCCCAAGGUAGCGCUUUUGCCUCUCCGUAUAUGACGCCGCCGAACCCCGACGUCCAACGCCAAGCAGGCGCUUCUCAGCAGUCGCCAUCGGUGGCGUGUCUAUGGGAGGACUGCCAGCUGUACCCGAGCACACAGUCCGUACCGGGGCCGUCGUCAGGCAACGGGUACGACAUGCUCGACUUCCUCGCAAGCCACCUGCUUCAGGAUCACCUCGGCGUGUCUGCGCGGCCAAAUCACACACCGCCGGCCGAUGCCUUCGGACACGACGUGUUCCAGGUCCGCUCGUCCCCGCUGUCCCAUCCGCCGUCAUCGGCGGCGACACCACCACCGUCGGCGAUGCUCGAAGGCGGGCCGCCGACGCCCGUGCCCGAGCACGACUGCUCGGCGCCGUCGGCGCAUGUCUGCAAGUGGGCUGGGUGCGGGCAGAGCUUCACGUCGUGCGAUGCCCUCACGGAGCAUCUCGCGUCGACGCACAUCGGCAGCGGGCGCGCUCACUACGACUGCUACUGGGAGGGUUGCGCCCGCAAUGGCGACAACGGCUUCGCGAGCAAGCAAAAGAUCUCGCGGCACAUGCAGAGCCAUACGGGACACCGGCCGUUCCAGUGCAGUGUGUGUAGUCAGCACUUCUCGGAGGCCGCGACGCUGGCGCAGCAUAUGCGACGGCACACGCAAGAAAAACCGUACACUUGCGACUUCCCUGGCUGCGGGAAGGCGUUUGCCAUCGCGGGUGCGCUGACGAUCCACAAGCGGAUCCACAACGGCAGCAAGCCGUUCAAGUGCACGUAUUGCGACCGAGCGUUCUCGGAGUCUUCGAAUUUGUCAAAGCACCUACGGACACAUACGGGCGCGCGACCGUAUCCGUGUACCGACCCGGGCUGCAACAAGUCGUUUGCGCGGCCGGACCAGCUCGCACGGCACUCGAACGUGCACAAGAGAAAAGCGGCGGAAAGCGCGGCGAGAGCGGUCGCUACCUAGCCGCUCUUAGCGCACGUUGAGCCGCAACCUUCCGACGUUUCUCUUGAGACGGGAGUUGGUGCUAGGUGUGAGUGUAUAGGCUGCCUCGAGAGGUUGAUAGAGAGAAGACUUUGAAUCUUGCGCUUUGUCUACUUAUACUACCAGCAGUGUACUACUACGCAUGCUCCGGCGCUCUGCACGGCAGCACAGGCUGUCAAACAUGAUUCGGGCAG